AUGGGGCUGUGGAUCGCUGUAAAGCUCUGGUCGAAGCUGGUGGCGCUACGGAUAUACUACUUCCGGGUAGUACAGCUGACAGUGAAUUGCGCAACAUGCAACCAAAAGAGUGCGCGAAAAGCAAAACAGGUCCAGGUCCAGGGACAGCUGGCCUUGUACGAGCUGGAGUAUUAUUUGUCUAAGGGCGCUAGUAUUGAUAACACAGGAGGCGUUCUAGCAAGUACACCAUUGCAGUGGGCAGUACGGCAAGGCCAGUUGGAGAUGGUGGUUUUGCUCAUGCAAUAUGGGGCAAAUCCAACAAUCAUGGAUGGGGAUGGUUGCUGUGCCAUCCACUUGGCAGCCAUGACUGGCCAUUCCAACAUCCUUGCUUAUUUGCUGGCUAAAGGCCAGGAUCCUAACCUGCGAGAUAAAAAUGGCAUGACUCCCCUUAUGUGGGCAUGCUAUCGAGUCAUUGGGCCAAAUCCUGUGAGGAUUCUCACUGGUUAUGGUGCCAAUAUAAGCUUAACUGACUCUGUUCAUGGCAACACAGCUCUCCACUGGGGAGCCACGAUAGGCAAUUAUGCUGUUCCCCCACUCCUGCUGGAGCUAGGGGCUAAUCUAGCUCAAAGAAAUGCACAGGGCGAGACUGCGCUGGACAUAGCCAGAGAAGAGAAGAACCCAUGGGUUGUGGAGACUUUAACAACCGAAUGGGCAGACAAGGGGCUGGAUAAUCCAAACUUUCUCCUUCGAUUUACUAGGAAUAAAAGCGUGCGUCUGGCAGUGAUGUGGUUGCUGCCGCUAGUCUAUCAGCUGAUUAUUGCAAGUGUACUACAGAGCUCCGAGUCAUGGUGGAUCAAAGGCCUGCUGCUGUUCUGCCUGUGUUCCAUCGGCGGAGGGUGUCGUCAGUUCCUUACAGAUGACCGGAUUGUUACCGUAUUCCCACUCGCUGUAUUUUUAUGGACAGCAUUGGUCAAAUAUGGCAUCUAUUUCUGCUUACUUUGGCCUUAUUUUCACAGUACGGGAGACCUGGUGGUUGUCACUGCAUGUUCAGCUAGUGCGAUAUACAGUUUCUAUCUCUGUUAUGCAUCUGACCCUGGUGUCAUCAAGCAGAAUCAAGUGUCUCGCGAUAGGACCAUCAUUGAGCUAGCCGAACAAGGAACGCUGGAUGCCACCACACUGUGUCCUACCUGCAUUGUGCGGCGCCCUCUACGCUCGAAACACUGCAGCAUAUGUAAUCGCUGCAUAGCAAAGUACGAUCACCACUGUCCGUGGGUGAAGAACUGCAUAGGUGUUCACAAUCACACACAGUUCUUCGCAUUCCUGGCAGCCAUGGCAGUGUUGCUCUUUCUUUUCCAGUAUGUUAUUUAUAUAUACUGGAGCCAUGAGUGUGUUGAUGUAACUGUUGAGGAGGGAAUUUGGACAAAAGUCAAAUAUCUGAUGAGUUGUCAGGCUUGGGCAGCGAUGUACUUCUGCUUGGCAGCGGUGUUUGCCAUACCCAUCGUGUUUCUGCUGCUUCUUCAGUUGUACCAGGUUGUAUUUGUUGCAAUGACUACCAAUGAGAAGUUGAAAACAUCCAAAUAUGAGUAUUUUAAAGGCACUGAUGGCAAGUUCAGGAAUCCCUUCAACCAUGGACCAUGCCGCAACCUUAUCAACUUCUUCAAUAUUCGUUGCUUCGGCCUACUGGUACCGAGGAGGUAUGAUUGGCACAGGAUGUACGACAUCGAUUCCACACCCAUGGAUACCCCAGCACAAGUCGUUCACAAGCUCAGCAGUGGCCCUGUUGUAGGAAGUCCUGAGCCUGCUUUACAUCCAGUCCACAUGGCCGACAACUCCAAAUCGGUAUUGCCAACUAUAGCGGCUAUUUUCAGUAAGCCCUGGAACUAAGAGGGGCUGCUGUUACUAUUACGCAUUAAAUGUGUGUGUACGCAUAAAUUCUACUGAGAGUAGAUUUUAAUUUAAAUGGACUUUAAUUAAAGAAAGAUGUGCAUGUGUGCCAGGUCAUCAUUUGUAUAUUGCAUGCUCCUUGUAUAGUACAGUUAGUACUCGUUAUUAUAUUUAUAGGUUUCAGACCAGGAGCUUAUACAUAAUAGUUUCUUAUUACAAUAAGGCUCGUGUAAGCGACGUCAAUCAUGCAACUCUGUUUUUAAUAUUGACAUCAAAUAUGUGCCUUUAUAAGCCAUUUUCUUAAUAAAUUGAAUCAGGUACGUGUUUAUCUACUAUGACAA